AUGAGUUAUGCUUUUAAAAAUUUAGGUAUUCGUAUUACAGUACAUGAACCACGUGAUGUUAUUAAUCUCGGUGGUGUUGGUAAUCCCCGACAAGGAGUUUGUAAAGAUUAUCCUCUUGGAAAAACAAUUCGAUUCUAUGUAUAUGAUGAAAAGCAAGCUGGUUUUUUAACUACAGGCUAUCAUCAAUACUUAAUAAACCAACUUCAAAUCACUGAAGAUUACAUAACUG